AUGCUCCAGGACAUCUUUCAAGAGCUUGUCCCCGAUCGCGAGGGUCUACUGAACUGCGAAGACGUGGCACGCUGCCUCCGCCGACCGGAUCCAGCUUCGGAGCCCCAAGAGCCCAAGCGCUACGACCUGGCUCAGAAGCAGGGGCUGGUGGACUUCCUGAAAGAUGCGGACAUCCGGCUUGUGCGAGCCGACUUCAUUCUGAAGCUGCAUCGGGAAGGACAGCGUCUCCCGCGGCGCCAGGAAGCGGAGUCCGCCUACGUAGACUGCCGCACUGCGCUUGUGACACACGAGGAGGUGCAAGUCUGGGCCGACGGCGAGGCGAGGGAGCACUGCGACCCCUAUGGAUACCAGGUUUCCAAACUAGCCGAAGCUCUUAAGGGAGAGGAGUGGGUGUUCAUCGACUAU